UUAGAUCCGGAUCUCCCAAUUUGAAAUCGGGUUUCAUCGAGCUCUGAUCGAUCUUCCAUGGCGGAAAGUGCAGUCACCAUACCUUCGCUAUUCGAAUUAACAGUAUUUUAAUUCCUAUUAUAUUCUAGCAGUUUGAUGAGACGCAAUGAGCCGCUUAGAAUCCUGCUUGUUGAUGUUUCUCGCACUGUUUUCGGUCACUCAAUCGAUAAAUGUAGAAGAGCUGAAUGAAGAGUUUACGGAGUCGUUGCUGCUGAGGCCACUGCCCGAUCGAAAAGUUUUGGCUCAUUUCCACUUCCGAAGCAGUGCGCCGCCAUCUAAAAGUUAUGGCCGCCACCAUCACAUCUUCCCCAAAUCUAUUUAUCAGCUGGUUCACAAAUUCCAGGUUCGAGAGAUGGAGCUUUCAUUCACGCAAGGACGCUGGAAUUACGAAAGAUGGGGAGGAUUUGACCCGAUAUCGAGCAGCAAUGCAAAGCCUCCUGGAGUAGAACUAUGGGCUGAGUUUGAUGUUCCUCGAGAUCAAGUUGAUGAAUCAUGGAAGAAUCUGACUCAUGCUCUUUCGGGGCUCUUCUGCGCCUCAAUCAAUUUCUUGGAGCAUUCGACUAGUUACUCUGCACCUCAGUGGAGUUUUGGAUCGGCUUCAGGCAAAUUACGCUAUGGCACAUUGCCUCGUGAAGCUGUUUGCACAGAGAAUCUCACACCAUGGUUGAAGUUGCUUCCCUGCAGAGACAAAGCUGGCCUUUCUUUACUGAUGGACAGGCCUUCCAUAUACCGGGGGUAUUAUCAUUCCCAGAGGUUGCAUUUGAAAUCAGAUGAAUUUGGUGCAUCUGAGAUGAGUACUGGAAUGGUGCUUGAACAAACGCUUACAGUUGUUCUUCGACCAGACACAUUUUCUGGGCAAGCACUGCAACCGAGUUGGUCUUUGAGCUCAUUAUUUGGAAGGUCAGUUAGCAGGAAAUGCUCUCUUUCUAGUUCUAGUAAUGUGUAUGUGCAAUUUGAGCAGAAUUUAUUAUUGGAGGGGGAUAAAUUAAAGAAAGAUAGUGAAGCAUCGGAGAAUGCUAUUUCUGUUGGCAAUGGCUUCGAAGAUAAUCCCCUAUUUGAAUUAUCACUAGCUCCAAAAAGGGUUAUAAAACAAUCUGGGAACUUGCAGAAAGCAGGCUCUAUCCUUUAUGAAUUUUCAGUUGAGGAUUCCAAUGAAUUCAAACCAUUUGAUUUGGGAUUAAACUGGAAGGUGCCUGUAGCCUGGUCAUGCCCUCAGGCACCCUUACAAGCUAGCCGGUUUUUAAUAGGAAGUGGGAACGAAAGGGGAGCUAUCGCUAUCUCAAUGAAAUCUACUAGGAGCAACAAAGUAGAAAAAACUAGUAGUUAUGAUGAGAAUGAAUGUUGGCUCAGAGUGGGCAUCUUCCAAAUGGUACCUUGGUAUGUCAAGGUCUACUAUCAUACACUGAAAUUGUUUCUAGAUGGAGUACCUCAAUCUUCCAUGGAAAACAUAGAGAAAAUACUUGUUUCACCUUCUGAAGACAAGGUGUCCACUGGAGUGAUGGAAAUGAUCUUGAGAUUACCCUGUAGUGUUAAUACAGCAGCAUUGACUUUGGAGUUUGAUAAGGGGUUUCUUCACAUCGAUGAAUAUCCUCCAGAUGCAAAUCAGGGCUUCGACAUUCCAUCAGCAGUGAUACACUUUACUGAUUUCGUAGCAAACAUGAGUUUUCAUGAUGACUCCUUAAAACAAGUACCUAUAUUGUCCAAGUUACAGGAAGAAGUUCCAGUUGUCUCGUACACAGAAGUACUCCUUGUGCCUUUGACAACGCCAGAUUUUAGCAUGCCUUACAAUGUGAUAACAAUUACAUGCACGGUUUUUGCUUUAUACUUUGGAUCACUGCUGAAUGCUCUUAGAAGGCGAGUUGGUGAGGAAGAAAGGCUUCUAACUGGAAAAGGUGCAAGGAAGGCAGGCCCGUUGACGCUGAUGAUAUCUAAACUCUCUGCUAAGUUGCGAAGGAAGCCAUGGGAACCUCCGAAACAAUCAGAGUCUGGGAGGUCCUCCUCGAAGUAUAAGCUACUAGCAAAAGUCGUGUUGGUAGCCGGUGUAGCUGCUGCUUGGCAAUUCUAUUUUCAAUGACAGCAGCAACCUCCCAUGUAUGAUUAUGUAUCAUGAAGAGAGAGAUUAGCUAGUUUGAAACCUCAUGGAGCACAUUUUUUUUGUUCUCUAAUUCAGUCAGUGAUCAGUUUUCUA